CGCCGAACCCUCCUAAAAAAAGAUGGUCGAUGGCGUCAACGUCAUGUGAACUGUGAAGAAGACAAAGUUUUUUAUGGUUAAGUUUGUUUUGUUGUGAUUUUUAUAUAGUUUAUAUUAUUUACGUAAUGGCAAAUCGUAAACGAGGAACAUUUGCAUUGCCGGAAGAAUUGAAAACUGAUGAGAAACUUUCUACAAAAAAGGAAUUAGCACAACGUAAAAAUCUACCUCCGUGUCCACCCGUACCCAACAAAAUAUUUAGGAAAAGUAUAUUGGCAUCAAAUGGUGCCUUUGAUAAACCAAAACCAAUAUACUUUGAUAACACAGUGGAACUUAGUCCUAAUUACAACCCAAAUUUAGAUACAACAUAUUUUGAACAGUUAUACCCCAAACACUUACUAAUAGGAGAAGGAAGUUUUGGGAAAGUGUACAGAGCACGGGGUGUUUAUGAUAAUAGACACUAUGCUAUUAAGAGGCUAAAACCAAUGAUCAGCUUCCAUGACAAGUAUGCGGAGAUUCGAAAUAAUGAAAAAAUUGGUGUUCAUCAAAAUUGUGUUCAGUUCUAUAUGGCUUGGGAGGAAGGUUGUGAAGUUUUUAUGUUACUAGAGGCAUGUCAGAUGAGUUUAUCAGAUUAUGCAACCAGAAAUAGUGAUAUUCCAGAGGAUUUACUGUGGGAUGUAUUGUAUGAUAUGUGCCAAGCUUUAAAGUAUUUACAUAGUAAACAAUUGUUACAUUUAGAUGUCAAGCCUGGCAAUAUUAUGAUGAAAUCUGGUCAUUAUAAGUUAGCAGAUUUUGGAAUUCUUGUAGACCUAAAUUUGGCACCUUUAAGCUGCAAAUCAACAUUAUCAGAUGGUGAUUCAAAAUAUUUAGCUAUAGAAGUACUAGAUGGUGUCUAUACACCUUACUGUGAUAUUUUUGGACUUGGUUUAAGUUUAAUGGAGCUUGCAGCUGACUUGGAGUUACCUAGUCAUGGACCCCUAUGGCAACAACUUCGCCAUGAAAUUCUACCUCAAUCCUUUUAUGACCGGGUUUCACUUGGAUUUAAAGUAAUCAUUGAACGAAUGCUUAAACCUGACUAUGAAAAGAGACCAUCAGCACAGAAAAUAUUAAAAUUUAGUACACUUAGAUCUAUUGAAAAAAGGGAUAAGAAAAAACCACGGAUUAACUAUGCAGUUGAAUAUUUGGUUCAUGAUAUAGAUGGAGUUAAUGACAAUAACAAUAUCAUCGAUACACCCAGGUGUCCUUUUGAUAUUAACUGUGAGGAAUAUGAUAUUAGGUUAUCUCCUGAUGGUGGUCCACCAAGGGUGACGUUAAGUCCAAAGAUCCUUUUCCAAGAGGACACGAAAAGUAAAACUUUAACUGCAGAAGAAUAUUUUGCAUCACCAAAAGGAACUAAGAGCCUUAACAAUUCUGAGGAUACAGACUAUAGUACCUUGGCUAUAACUUUACAUGACUCUGUUAAUUCAGAUAUACACCCCAUGGAUACAGACGAACUAAAGUUGGAUGAUAGUGAUAAUUUGACAUAUAUGAUGUCUGAUGAUGAGGAUAUUAUUACAUCCACACCUAUUAUUAAAAGUAAAAUAAACAAAAAAGUACUGACUUUUGAUUAGAAUUAACAAAAGUUUUUCUCAGUCUAUAAUUCUGAUCUCGUUCCAAGUGAUAUCAAUUAAAUGUCGCUUGGUCAUUUAUGCUGUAAAAAAGACUGUUUUUAUACAUUUAUAUUUGUUUUUUAUUGCUCUUAUUUAUUUUUUCUCGAGGUUCUAGUUUUGUUGAAGGAUUGAUAAGAAAUUUAUUGUAAUUUUUGGAAAUACCACUCCAGUUCUCCCAAAAAUCAACAGCCAAUUCAAUUUUUUUUUUAAAUUGAAUUUAAUUUGGUAUUUGUAUAUUUUUAUAUAAUGUAAUUGAUUUUUUCAUCAACAAACAAUAUAAUAUUCUAUAAACGAUUUAAACUUAUAAUUUAGGAAAGUUGUUUCCUAACUUAAAACAUGAUGUUUCUGAUUAUAGUAGAUGAGCAACGUUUGUGUGACCAAAGUGAAAACAAAGAAAAAAGGAAAAAAAUUAAUAAAGAUAAAAUGAGUGUCCUUACAAGAGCUCGAACCUGGAACCUCCGAGUGUAGCGCUUUUACCAAUUAGACUAUCAUGGCAUAUAGCUGCAAAGGCUGAAUUACAAAUUCUGUAGGUGGUCUAAUUAAUAAAGGCGCCGCGGCCUACACUCGAGGGUUCUAGAUUUGAUUCUUAUUCAGAGCACUCAUUUUUUCUUUAUUUUCUCAACUUUUUCAAUUUUUUUUUGUUUGUUUUCACUUUGAGAUGUGGAGAUAAUAUCCUUAAUUUCGUAGAGUGAAUUGAGGUUUAUAUUUUCACAUUUCCAAAAAUUUUAUUAUUAAAAAUACGUUAUUAUUGUAUUCUUAUCCUUUAUUCAUCCUGUAUAUUAUUGAUAAUAAUUAUUAUAUUUAAAAUAAUUCUUAAUUAUUGUUUUACCCUCGUACUUGUCAUACAAUCAUUGCUCAUCUACUGUUAAUUCAUAUUAAUUUGAACAAUAAAUUUAUUUUUUCUUAUCGAAUAAGCAAAUAUUCCAAAAAUAUGGAAUUUAUAAUUUUCCGAUUUUUUAUAUUAUGGUGAAUAUGAAAGUUAUUUCACCAUUUUCAAAUAUUUAUAGUGUUUGGCUGAUUUUUUGUUUAUUGUUACUUUUAAAGGAUUUCUUUUGAGAUGGUGUGUGGGUAGUCAGAGUUGAAUAUAUUAUGUUUGUUUCUUCAAUUUCUAAGGUUGACACUAAAAGUGCACAGUCAGCUAAAUAACUCCUUUAUAUUACUGUUUGUUAUAACACAGUGUUGUUUUUAGUUGGAGUAUUUAUAAAAUUUUGUUUGUAGAAGAGUUUUGAUAGUUUUUAACAAUUCUACAAAAGACAGCUACAAAUCGUAGUUAUUUAUUCAAAUAGUUCACUAUAGUGUUUGUUUUAAACUACACCAUAAAUAUAAAAAUUCGUAUUUAGGUAAAAAAAUUAAGGAAGUACAUUUAAGGAGGUCCUUUCGCCACCAAUGUUAAAUAAAAAAUAUUAGAUUAUGACUAAAAUUAAUUUUUUUUCUAAUAGUUGAAGUCCUUAUUUAUCUAAUAGUGAACUUUUAACUAUACCUUACCGUGCAAAUUUUUGAGAAUUUUUUUUUUUAAAUGUGAGUAUUUGUACAGUGUCUUACGACAAAGUAAGACCUCAACAACAAUUCUCGAAUUAUACUAUUAUUUAUUGAUUAGUUGGAGUAGAAAAAAACUAAAAAUAAGGUUUUUAACAAUAAAAUAUAUAGGUUACCGUGGA